AUGGCCGCUGUAAUUCCAAAGUCUUUGCCACCACAAGUCGAGUCCCUGCGGAGCUCGGGAGUGACGUCCAAGGUCUUAGUCCCGAACGAUCCCGACUACGCCGGCCGCCAGAGCUCUUUCUGGUCAGUCAGUGCCCAACAGCUUUCGCCCGCCGCCAUUGUCCUUCCCGAUAACGCGAACGAGGUCGCUUCGAUCGUCAAGUCCCUCGUCGCAGCCGGCCAGCCGUUUGCGGCUCGCAGUGGCGGCCAUACCAACUGGGCUGGCUCCAACAACAUUGAUGGCGGCGUCACCAUCGACUUGAGCCAGAUCCGCCACGUCCGCGUCAGCGAGGACAAGCAGACCGCCGACAUUGGGCCCGGCGGCAAGUGGCGCGAAGUCUAUGCCGAGCUCGACAAACACGGCCUCGCCGUGGCGGGCGGGCGGGAGGGCAACGUCGGCGUUGCCGGCCUGAUCCUGGGCGGUGGAAACACCUUCUUCACGGCCCGGCGAGGCUUCGCGUGUGACAAUGUGGUCGAGUACCAGGUCGUCCUUGCGAGCGGCGAGAUCGUCACGGCCAGCAAGCACAGCAAUGAGGACCUGUUUUGCGCGCUCAAGGGCGGCAGCAACAACUUUGGCAUCGUGACCAACUUCAAGAUGGCCGCGAUACCCUGCUCCAAAGUCUGGGGCGGCAUGAGCUUCCUGCCCAAGGCCACGAUCCCUGCGGCCAUUGAUGCGCUGGUCGACUUUGUCCCCAACGUGGCUAGUGACGAUGGGAGCAAUCUCGUUUGCAUAUUCACGCAUAUGCCCGACUUCAAGGAUGUUGUCGUGGCUACAUUCUACGCCAAUGUUGAUGCCGUCGAGAGCCCGCCCAUUUACAAAAAGUGGCUCGAGAUCCCGCGCAUCAUGGACAUGAUCAAGAUGACCAGCAUCAAGGAGAUGGCCUUUGAGUACAAUAUCCCUGCUGGUCACCAUGUCCUGUGGUUCACCCUCUGCUUCAAGAAUGACGCCACGAUUGUCACAAAGGCCGUCGAUCUCCACGAAAUACUCGUCGAGCAACUCAAGACUGUCGACCCCGAGGGCGGCUUCACAACACAAUGUCUCUUCCAGCCCCUGCCCAAGCUGUUUGGGCAGAGAGGCGCCGAGGCGGGGGGGAACGUCAUGGGCAUCGAGAACCAGUCAUCAGACGGCCUGCUGUGGCUCGCAACCGCCAUGAUGAAGACGGCGGAGCAUGAGGCGCAGGCUCGCCCUCUGGUGGAGAAGUGGGUGCAGGAUGUCAAGGAUUUUGCGGCGUCGAACGUCGAGGAGGGCGUGCUCCCCUGGACAUAUCUCAACUAUGCGGACCCCACUCAGGCUGUCCUCGCCAGCUAUGGAGCGGGGAAUGUGCAGAAGAUUAGGGACGCCGCGGCCAAGUAUGAUCCAGAGGGCGUGUUCCAGAAGCUGUGUCCGGGAGGGUUUAAGAUCUCAGAUGUGAAGUCCUGA